AUUUAGAAAUUUUUCAAUGUUCAUCUUUUUAUAAUGCAUUCUGAAUAAAAAUAAUAUAACUCUUAUAUACAUGUACGUUUGUUAUAGAUUAUUACAAAUUUUUAUAUGAAAAAUAUACUUAUUGACUAUAGAAUAAAUUUCAUAAAAAGAAAAUUUGAUUUAUGUGUGAGGAACAAUAUAUUUACAUAUUAUUAUUUUGAUAAUUUCGAAUUAAUUAAAAUUUUAUCUAUUUCUAUUUAAAAAAUUAAAGUAACGUGAACCGCAAAUAAUAUGCCACUCAUCGAUUUAUAUGUACUUUUUUUUUCAAUAAUAUAACUAUUCGAAUAUGAUGCAUGUAGAUAUACUUUAACUGCUAUUUGUUAUAGGUAAUUGACCACUUGGUAGUCCUAGCAACGCUAGUACUAUACAACAAACAGUGAUACUUGUCGGUUACGCUUGCGUGAAAUUUGCUUCAUCAAUAAUAAAUUUUAUUUGAUUUUAAAAAUAUUAAUGUUUCGAAUCGUAACAUUUAAUUCUUUUAAUAAUACAAUUGAAAUAGAAUCAGUUUAUUAACGAAAAAUUAAUUCCAUUUCUAUUUUUAUGACAUAUAUAAAAUAUUUUAUAAAUACGAAUUUUAUUUCAUAUUCUAAUUUUUAUAUUUUUUUUUAAUUGACAAUUAAAUACAACAACAAUGAAGUAACAAAUACUAAAAUGCAAAUAUCAGAUACAAGUUUCCAAUUCCAUUUCUGUCUAAAACUAAGCAUACAGACAAAUAUAUAAAUUAUUUUUUUCAUAUAAUAAUAUCAUUAUGAAUAAAAAUAUUUUAUGUGAAUUUUAAUAAUCUAAUUGAUCCUUUUAUAUUUUGAUUAAUUGCCUUUAUACAAAAAUUAAUGCAAUAUAUAGAUACAUAGUAUAUAAAUAUAAUUGCAUUAUAUAAUCUGACGAUUUUCUUAAACAUAUAUAUACUCUGACAAAAUUCUCUAAGAUUAGUUAUUAGAAUCUUAUAAACGAUUCUCUUCAAAGUUAUCAUUAUUGUUUAAUAUGAAUAUUCAGGAUAUAACGGAACCAAAAGAAGUGGAAGAAGUGUUCGUAUCUCAUUUGAAGGAGAAUAAAAUUUUCCAGAAACAACAACUAUGGACUGUUGGUUAUUCAUCGCUGAGCGGUCGUGGUAUGUUCGCCACUCGAGACAUCAAACAAAACGAAUUGAUCUUCAUCGAUGCACCUUUGAUAGUCGGACCAAAGUGCUUAAAUAAACAAACAAAAAUGUGCAUAUGUUGUUACAAGAAUGAAUGCCCGCUUUUUCCAUGCGAUAAAGGUUGCGGUUUGCCAGUUUGUUCCACUCAAUGUGAGAAUUCGCCGAACCAUGUGAACGAAUGUGAAUAUCUAAGGUCACUGAUACCGAUUUGUGGUACCGAUUGGUGCUUGAAUUUACUGUUAGCUAUGAUACCGAUUCGUGGUCUUUUUAUGACGAAAAUGCAGCGUAAAUGUUUGGCCACUCUUCAAUACAAUAAAAAUCUAUUUUCAAAGUAUGAGAUUGAAUUGCUCAAGAAAAAUGUGGUAAAUUCUCCAAGCGACGAAGAAAUAGAGAUAAUGGAACGCGUAUGCAGAGCUUUUAACACAAAUUCGUUUGAAACGAUUCGUGUUCAUGACAAAGACCAUUUUACAAAUUUACGAGGACUUUAUCCCCUGGGUUCAUUGCAAAACCAUUGUUGUAUACCGAAUACAAGACAUUAUUUCGAUGAAGAAUUUCGAUUAUAUGUUAGAGCUGCUCUUCCAAUUUCUGCUGGAGAGGAAAUCACUAUGUCCUACACAAGUUUAUUUUGGGAUACAACAUUGCGGCGGCAAUUUCUGAAUGUGACUAAAAAUUUUUCUUGCAUGUGUAAAAGAUGUAGUGAUCCUACGGAAUUUAAUUCCAAAUUAGGUGCACUUUUGUGUGCAUCUGAUAAAUGUUCUGGAGAAUUAUUACCAAAAAAUCCUCUUAAUAUGAGAACAUCUUGGAUUUGCAAUAAAUGUAGCAUAAUGAUAAAUCAUAGACAGAUAUGUUCGAUUCGAUCAGGUCUAGCUGCUAUCAUAGAGGAAGUUAUAGAUAAAACACCACGCGAGAUCUUUAAGUUUUUACAAAAAGAUCUUUCAAUUAUAGUUCCUCAGAGUAAUUAUCUUAUCAUGGAUGUGAAAUUUCGAAUCAUUUCAUAUUAUGGCAGAAGUAACGAUCUUCAAUGGAAAGAUUUAAGUGAUACUGAGUUGGAUAUCAAGGCAAAUUACUGCAAUGAUUUACUUUCUGUAUUAGAUAUUUUAAACAGUGGUGAUUCUACAAAAAAGGGUCUUAUUUUAUAUGAAUUAUAUUGCACAAAUCUUGAAAAAAUGAAACGAUUCGAACAAUCAGAUAUUCAGAAGAUUGAUGAAAAUCAACGUUUAUUAAAAGAAGUAAUUAAUAUAUUGCAAAAUGAUGCUAUUUCAGCUGUUACAUUCGAAUACGAUCAAAAAUAUUUUAAAAAAUAAAUUAUCGUGUGCAAAAAAUAUUGUCGAUAAUAUAAAAUUUAUUUAUAUUAUAUAUAUAUAUAAUUUAUUAAAAGAAGUAAUUAAUAUAUUGCAAAAUGAUGCUAUUUCAGCUGUUAGAUUCAAAAAUAUUUUAAAAAAUAAAUUAUUGUGUACAAAAAAUAUUAUCGAUAAUAUAAAAUUUAGUUAUAUUAUAUAUAAUUGUGUAAUUGAAAAAUUUAAAAGAAUAAAAAUAAUGUAUAAUCUUUAAAAUCAAAAAA